AUGGGGAAUACUUGUGAACAUUGUAAUUAUAAAUUAUCAUAUUAUAUAAGGUUGGAAGGGAUUAUCUGAUUGUGCAUAAUAUUGUUGUGAAGGUUGUGAAUAAUGUUAUGUUUGUAUGAGACCUUGUUGUACAUCAAUGAGAGAUGAAUUCAGAAGUUGUUGUGCAAUAUGUUCAUGUUAAGGAUUUGGUAAUUGUUUAUCAUGUAAUACAAAUCCUUGUUUGAUUCUUGAUAAAUCAACCCCUGAUAUUUAAUAAACAUUACAAAAUUAUGAACAUAAAACUCAUUAUUUGGAUGAAUGGUAUGGGGAUGUAGUUCUAUUAGAGAAUAAACAAACUAAGAUAUUAGCAGUAUUAAAAGUUUAAGAGUUUUUAUAUUAAUCAGAUUUUGAAGAGUAGAAUUAACAAUUUCUCUAACGUAAAUUAUUAUAAAAUGAUAACAUUGUUUAAUUAAAAGAAUAUAUGUCAAGAUAAGAGGAAGGAUUCUGUACAUCAAUUUAUAAAUCAUUUUUGAUAUUUGAUUAUAUUUUGACAGAUUUUGCAUCAGAAUUUCAAUAAAGAAUUGAAAAUAAAAUUCCAUAUUAAUAAGAUGAAUUUUAUCCAAUAAUUUAUUAAUGUAUAAAUGGUUUGAAUUAUUUACAUUAAAAUGGAAUUGUUCAUCAAGCUUUAAGAAUGAGAAAUAUUUAUAUUACAUAAGAUAAAUAUAAAAUAGCAGAUCCUCAUUUAUUUGAUCAUAAAAAUGAUUAUCAAAGAUUAUAUAGUGAUAAACACAAAUAUUCAAAAAUAUCUUAUCUGUCUCCUGAAUUAGUAAGUGAAUUAGAUAAAGGAAAUAAAGAACCAAAUGUUGAUUGGUUUAAAUCAGACAUCUACUCUUUGGGAAUGGUAUUUCUAUAACUAUGUAGUGGAAAAUUAUCAUCCAUUUGUUAUGAUUAUGAUUAAGGUGUCAUAUUUGAAGAUAAAAUAUAAUCUCAUUUACAAACCAUUAAAAUUUAAUGUCAUGAUUUCUUUUUUUACAUCAUCAAAGAUAUGUUAACUGUUAAAGUAUCAUAAAGACCAAAUGCCUAAUAAUUAUUUGAAAGAUUAGAUAAAAAUCCUAAAUGCAAAUAAUCUAUUACUCCUGUAUAAAUAAUCUUAGAGCAACCUUAGGAAUAACAAUUGGAAUAACAAUAUUAAUAAUAAGAUGUAUCUUAAUUAAUUGGAGGUGGUGGAUAAGAAUUAUUAGGAGAACCAAAUACUUAUGAUUAAUACGAUGUGUUAGGUCUAAUUGGAAAUGAGCCAACUAAGUAAAAAGACCUAGGUAUUCUAUUCUUGACUAAAAAUAAUAGUUGAAAAUGUAAAAGAAAGAUAUCCAAAUGGAUCCAGAUAUUUAGGAAUGAAGAGAAAUGGUUUAAGACAUGGAAAAGGGAAAUUUAUUCAUAAUGAUGGAAGUUAUUAUGAUGGUAUGUGGAAGGAUAACAAAAUGAGUGGAAAAGGAGUAUUGUAUAAUACUCAAGGCAAAGUUAUUUAUGAUGGUCAGUGGACAGAUGAUCAAUAUCAUGGUUAAGGUAUUGAAUACAACUAAGAUUAAAUACCAAUGAUUUCUGGAUUAGAUCAUAAUAAUCUAUCAAAUAUCACAUGUUGGCUUAAAUACGAAGGAGCAUUUAAAAGAGAUAAUAGAGAAGGUUUUGGAACUCUCUCUUUUAGCAAUGGUGAUAAAUAUAUAGGAGCAUUUAAAGAUGGAUAAAUUCAUGGCUUUGGCACAUAUUCAUAUAAGAAUGGACAGUCAAUUUAAGGAAAAUGGAAUAUGGGCAAGCUUCAAAAAUGA